AAGCAGGUUUUGAACUCAACUUCCCAGGGAUCUUGGCGCGCCUUUCAUUCGGUUGCUUAGCAACCGGCGUACACCUGCCAUGGAGCCGAAGGGGGAGCCGGAGGCGAAAGACGCAAAAGGCCAGAAUGAACAUUCAGAAGAAGGAAAGGGGUCACCUUCAGAGGAACAGAAGGAAAAAGCAAAGAAGAUAGCUGAUGAAAAGACCCCGUCUCAUGUAAUUCAGGAAGAAGAAAAGCUAUUUGAAGAUGAAGAAGGUAGUGAAGGCUAUGGCGAUGAAGAAGAGGAAGAGGAAGUGGAGCCAAUACAACUUGAAAAGCCUCCAGAACCGGUAAAGAAGAAGAAAGUAAAGGUAGAGAAGAAAAUCUCUGAAAACUUCUACUAUAACUAUGAGGAGUUGUGUGCACUACCAUUUGUGACUCCAGAUUCUGGCAUUCCGCUUGACAUGCUCAGUCUCAUUCACUCUUUUGGCUAUGACUGCACUAGACGGGCAAACAUUCAGAUGUUGGAUAGUUACACUCUCCUCUACAUAGCUGGCAACCAACUCGUACUGCUGAAUUUGCUAAUGAAAUCUCAGAAAUAUCUCCGAAGCACAUGCGGUGGAGGGAUUGGAGUAAUCACGGUACAUCCUAAUAAAACCUACUUUGCAGUAGGAGAAAAAGGAUGGAAGCCAAACAUGAUUAUCUAUGAAUACCCUUCCUUAAGGCCAUACAGAGUAUUACGAGGUGGAACUGAAGAAGCAUAUGCAUUUGCUGACUUUAAUCGUUCGGGUACUUUGAUCGCCACAGUUGGGAGCAGCCCUGACUAUAUGUUAACAGUUUGGGAUUGGAAGCAGGAAAAGAUUGUAUUGAGAUCGAAAGCAUUUUCCCAAGAUGUUUUUAGAGUGACCUUUUCUCCAGAAAAUGAAGAGCAACUCACCACAUCUGGUUCAGGUCACAUAAAGUUUUGGAAGAUGGCGCUUACUUUCACUGGUCUGAAACUACAAGGAGCACUGGGUAGGUUUGGAAAAACAGCAUUGACAGACAUUGAAGGAUAUGUGGAGCUGCCAGAUGGGAAGGUACUUUCAGGGUCAGAAUGGGGCAACUUGUUGCUCUGGGAAGGGGGCCUCAUAAAAGUGGAACUUUGUCGGCCUGGCCGUAAAAAUUGCCACAACGGCCCAAUUAAUCAGUUAGUUCUGGAUGAGGGAGAGGUGGUCACUGUUGGAUCAGAUGGAUAUAUUAGGGUUUGGGAUUUUGAAACAAUAGAUACAGCUGAUAUUGUGGAUGACACUGGACUGCUGGAGGUGGAACACAUUAACGAACUUUUAGUUGGCAAAAAUGUAAAUCUGAACUAUAUGGUGAAAAUUCAUGAACGUGGAGAACCAUUUUGGUAUGCUCAGGAUGCCAAUGGAGCCAUCUGGAAGCUUGAUUUGAGUUUCACAAAUGUUACUCAUGAUCCAGAAUGCCUCUUUACUUUUCAUUCAGGAAAGAUAGAAGCCAUGUGUGUUUCUCCAGUCACCUAUAUCAUGGCCACCACUGGUCUUGACCGUUCAGUUCGUGUCUUUGAUUUCAUUGACAAUGUGCAGUUGACUGAGAUGAAGUUUAAACAGGGAGGAACAGCAAUGGUCUGGGCACCAAACGUGGUAAAUCCCAAGAAAGGCAUAAUGGUUGUAGGUUUUCAAGAUGGUGUUGUACGCGUUAUUGAACUUUUCGAUCCAAAGGGACUUCCUGUUGUAUCUGGACGGGACAAAGGAGCGCCUGCAGCCUUGCGUCUGAAACAGGCGUUCAAACCUCAUACUACUAUAGUAACAGCUUUGGCCUAUGAGCGUAAUGGGGAAUUGCUUGCCACAGGGAGUAACGAUAAAACUGUGUUCUUCUUUAACGUUGAAGAGAAAUAUGAGCCAAUUGGCUUCCUCUCUGUCCCAGGGCCUGUUCAGGCAUUGCAGUGGUCUCCUCUUUCUCAUCCUGAGAGCACGCUACUUAUUUUCUGCAAGAACGGCAUUGUUGUCCAGGUUCCUGCUCCAGACCCUGGGAAUUACAACGCAGCAACCACCUAUAGGAUAAAAGACUUGCCUACACAAUAUUUUCGUUUCUGCAGCAUAAAAUCUCGGAUUCUGCUUGAAGAGGAACUUGAACGCAGAGAAAAAGUGAGACUAGAGAAGGAGAAAGCAAAGCAGCAAUGGAUAAAGCAGCAACUGGAUGAGGGGAAAACAAUGGAAGAAAUUGAAUUUCCACAGGAAGAAGCUGUGGAAGAGGAACCACUGCCUGAAAUCUACAUCCCAGAGACUCCAAGCCCCAUCCUGUGUGGGUUUUACUCUCGGCCAGGGAAGUUUUGGUUGUCGUUGGGAGAGUAUGAUACUGGAUUCCUUUUCCACUGUGCAUUUUCUCAUCAGCAAGGCGACAAAGAACCCGAGGCUCGGAAAGAUGAACCUUUUGCCUAUAUUCAUUUAGAAGAUACAGAAGACACUGCCAUUAGACGGAUUGUGUUUUGCUCCACCGGCUUGCUAAUGAUCUGUGGCAUGCAGGAUGGAGCAGUACGGAUCUAUGCUCUCCAUGAGAAAUGGCUCUCAAAGGACAAUAUAGCUGGAUAUUGGUCAUACAGCAUGCAUGAUAAUAACUAUGGGCAAAUUCAAGGCAUCUGUCCAAGUUUUGAUGAUCGCUUUCUUGUGACCUGUGGAGCAGAUGGCAAUAUCUUUACUUAUAACAUCCUUUCAGCUGAGGAGGUUAAGAAAGUACUAAAGGCUAAGGUGCCCUCUCCAAGGAGAGGCCUUGAAAGAGAGAGACCAGCAGAAGAUAUUGAGGAUCCUACUGCCUACAGUAUUGAAAAUGCGAAGCAAAAAAAGGAACACGAUUAUAUAAUGAGGAUAGCAGAACAGAAGAAAUCUGUUAAGAGACAAGAACUAAGCACUCUAAGGGAGGAGUUUCAGAAUUUGCUCCAAAUGAACCGUCAGCUGCCAUCUCACAUGCAACUUCACAGAGCACAAUUUGAGUUGGACCGCAGAAUCCGUGCAGAGAUGGACAGAAAGACCGCGCAUAAGAUCCGGCUCGUCCUAAAGGAAUUGGCCUGGGAACAGGAGAAACAUCGCAUUGGGCUGCAGAAAGUAGAGAAUCGGUUUCGGGCCAGUUUGGAAUAUGACACCAUUGUGGUCUGUGCCAUGAGAAGCAACCACCGAAUCUCCACGUACAGACUGUUGUCGAUCUCAGAAAAAUUGUACAAUGUCAGUAAGCAAAGUCAAGCAGCGAAAAGAAGGCAGAGCAAGUAUGACCAUAAAGGAAAAGACACAGACCAAAGGACAGAGACCCAAAAGGAUGCCAAGCCAAAAUUUCCAACCCAGGCUUCUAUUAGUGAAGAAGAAGUGGAUUCAGAAAAGCUGCAAAAAAAGGGGCACCCACACACGGUGGCAAGCCGCAUUGUUGAAAAUCGAAUGGAAAAACUUAGAAAAAUUAUUGAAAAAGCAGACAGAGCCAAAGCUAAGAUCCAACAAAGAAGGAAUGAAUGGGAUGAACUAUUCAAGAGCAAACCAAGCGAUGACUAUGAGGACCCCCAAGAUGUAGAAAAUAUCAAAGAGGCCCAACAGAAUAUGGGGGACUUCAAACUGAAAACGGCUACUAACUACAAAAUUCCUGAACACAUGAGAAUGAAUGCUGACAAGAAAACUCAUCAGUUGGCAUCUUUAGAAGUGGCUAUACACGAUAAGAAACUGGAAAUGAACAAAUGGAUCGUGUCCCUCCGAGACCUCAAGGUGGCUAUUAUUGAAGAGAUCCAGUGUGUCGUGCAAGAACUGAAAAAAAUCCAAUCAUCUCUCCACCCAUCCAAACAUGUCCCUGUUCCUCCAAUUCCCCAACUCCUUCCUGAAGAGACUCCAGAGAAACAGUUCCAGUAUGACACUGAAAUGCUCAUGAAGUUCAAACAUGACCUGGAAGAGCGGGCCAGGCUCAAGGACAUGGUGCCAGUAGCUCCUUCAGGAGAGGGCGGAGGUCUAGGGGGUUUCGGAGGAGGCUUUUAUCGUGCCCCUUCAGUAAAGGACUUAGAAGCUGCCAUGCGGUCGACAAGUUUGAAAUCGAUGAAAAUAGCAUCUGGAACUGCUGCGCAGACACUCAAAUCUUUUGAGUUUGAGGCAGUGGAGCCUACAGACUUGGAACUGGAAAUUGAAAAACGGGCGGAGAUUCGGAACAUUUAUAUGCAAGAGGUUUUGGUCAAGAGGGUUCAUGAGCUCAUGAUUACCUUUGAUGCUGAGCUUCGCCUUCUUCGUCACCAAAAACUGAAGUUGGACAUAAUGAUGAAAACUGCUGACCUACGCCACAUCACUUGGUUUCAAGAGCUGCUUCUCCUGAAGAACUUUGAGAAACAUGAGAACAUUCUCCAGGAGCGUGUCAACAGCCUUUCCAGUGAGGAGGAGGAAAUGCAACACAAAUUAAAUAGCUAUCUUGCACAAAUUGAGGAAAAGAAAGCAGAGAUUGCAAAGCUCCAGGAACGAGAGAAGAUCCUUUAUGCCACUUUCCAAGCGUCUUUGGGGGAAAACAACAAAUUUGCUAAUUUCCUCACUAAAGUCCUAAAGAAGAGGAUCAAGCGUGUUAAGAAGAAAGAAGUGGAAGGCGAAGGAGAUGAAGAUGAAGAGAGUGAGGAAGAGAGCGAUGAAGAGUCUAGUUUGGAGAGUGAUGAGGAAGAGUCCGGAUCUGAGGAUGAAGUCUUUGAUGACUCUGUUUGUCCAAAAAAUUGUGACGAGGCGCUCUUUGAAAACACACUCCAGCUCCGAGAAAAGCGGCUGGACAUUGAGGAGGCCUUGGUGGAGGAAAAGAAAACUGUUGAAAAUGUCAGAAAAGACUAUGAUUUCUUGGCCAAGAAGGUGAAAGUAGUAGCAGCCAGCCUAGAUGCAGCGGAUUGGGAACUGGAGGCCUAUCAGCGGGAGAAGCAGCAGAGACUGAAUGAACUCUAUGUAGUUGUGCCUCUAAAACUUCACCAGGUGGAAUAUAUCUCAAAUGGAGAAAUCCCUCCUGACCUCUCGCAGUCGUUGGUGUUUACCAACCAGUCUUUGGUGAACUUGCAGCAGAGGAUCAUGGUCCUGCAGGAGGAGAAACUAGAGCAGAGAGAACUCUAUAAGAAGGCCCGGCAGCAGCACAAACAGCUCAUUCGAGACAGGAGGGACAUGAUGCUUAAGAUUGACCGAUUGGAAGAGAAAUGCAAUGAGCUGAUGAUGCUGAAAUUUGGCCGAUUAGUGAACUUGGAAGCCCUGCAGACUCUUUCAGUUAACACAAAUCUGGAAGAACUCAAAAUGAAGAUGAUGGAAAAAGAGCAAACUCAUGCUGCAGAAUUAAGAAAAUGGGAGGAUAAAAUUGUUGACCUGCGUCAAGAGUUGAUGAUGGUGACACAAGAAAAUACUGGCAAACUGAAGCAAAUGAACACAUUUUGUAUGGAGAAGAUGACACUUGAAACUAAGUUGGACGCACUACAGAAUAACCUGGGAGCAGAAUUCCAAGGGCCUCGCAAAUCAGAUAUUGAGGAGAAGGAGAAGCUGAUUGCACUGGUCCAGUUACAAGCCCAAGAAGCUGAGGUCCUGAAAGAAGAAAUCACUCUCCUAAGCAGGAAGGAUGGCCGCAUCUUUCCACCAUCUCAGCCUGGAUAUCCUCAAGGUGGGAUGCUGGAUUAAAUCCUUUUCAUGUCGUUCCCUUGUUCUCAUUUUUUAUGCAUAUCAAUCCUACUGCAUGAGAAUAAUUAGCAAGCUAGUCCUUGAGAUUUAAGUAUCAUAUGAUGUGCCCUGGUCUUAAAGCUCUUCCCCUUUUGGCGGAAAUUCUGGACCUUUUAAUAACAUAGGCCAGGCAGAAUGUUGAAACUUUCCCUUGCCUUCAGUGAUCUGAUACAUUGACGGGAGAAAGUUGCAGCUCUUGAAUUUGUCUUUCAUAUGGCUGCUAAAGGCACAAGAGGCACUAUUAAGAAAAUAGUAGCAACCCCACCUAUCUCUUUUACUUAGUGCCCCGUUGGCUUUGGGCACAUGGGGACAUGAUGUUGGUCAACCCAGGCAGCCUGGCCAAAUGGUCAUGGUUGAUGAAGGCCGACAUCUGGAGGGCACAAUUAACGAUGCUGUCUUAAAGUCUUCAAAUAGAUGUUUUACUUCCUGAUCCAAAUAUAUGCAAGAUCAGGCACAAUGGAUAUACAGCCUUGUCCUCCUGAUUGGGCAAUUAGUAUCUUGAUGCAGAUGUGUCUCCAUAUCUGUACUUUCAACCUGGAAUUGUGUUGUUGAUAAAUACUUAUGAGAUUGACAAUAAAAUCUGAGUCAAUAUA